UCUUUGGCUGACAGUGCCUACACUGUGAAUGACACCACAGCUUUAAAGCAGCAACACUUCAACACGUGGAUGUGUCAGUCAACACCAACCACCGUUUUCACCGAUAACAGAGGGACUGGCGUCAGCAAGGAAUUCGUAAGUAGAUAGAAUAUGGACUACCUGCCGGAGGACAACUCCAGGUACAAAGACGUUGACUACUGGGAUGAAAGAUACAAGACAGAGCAGUGUUAUGACUGGUUGGGUGGCUUCUCCAAAUUCCAGCACCUCCUGGAGAAAAAUGUCAAGAAAGAGGACUCGAUUCUAAUAAUCGGUUGUGGAAACAGCAGCAUGAGCAGCGACAUGUACAGCACCGGCUUCCAUUCCAUCACAAACAUCGACUACUCGUCAGUGUGCAUCAGUACGAUGAGUGCCCGGCACAGUGACUGUCCAGGUAUGAGCUGGCAUCAGAUGGAUGUGCGCCAACUCUCCUUCCCUGACGCGUCCUUUGAUGUUGUCCUGGAGAAGGCCACGCUGGACGCCAUCAUGGUGGGAGAGAAGUCACCUUGGGGGGUCUCCCCAGAGACGGCCUGUUUCAUUGACAAAGCACUGACAGAGAUCAGUCGCUGUUUGAAGCCUGGAGGACGCUUUGUCUCGGUCACCUUUGCCGAUCCCUUCUUUAGGAAACGUCUCUAUGCUAAAACUGAUUAUAACUGGUCUAUCAAGAAGUACAGUUAUGGAGAAGGCCUGGAGUAUUUUGUUUAUGUUAUGACCAAAGGAGAGGAGCUCAGCCCUGAAGAUGCAGCUCUGGAGAAAAAGCUACUUGAAGAAAGUAAAGGCCAACCUACAAGGGUCUCCACAUAUCAACAUGAGGAUGAGGAAGACUUCAUGUCUAAUAUAGACUUGUAGAUUAACUCAAUUAUUUGAAUGAGUUGUAAAAAAAAAACAUGUACCCAAAGAUUAACAAGUAAGUUUGACCCAUGAUAAAGGCCCUACAAACGUCUCACCAAAACAACACAGAAUUCUUGUAUGACCACUACCAUUCCUCUAACUUUUAUUAUUAGCUUUUUUUAUACACUUAACUUUUAUUAUUAACUUUUUAAACAAUUGGGUUAGAAAUAGACCUUCAUGCCAGGAAUAGUUAAAGGUUACUUAAAAGUAUUUUCCAAUGAAGUCUUUCCCUGUUGGUGAUUUGUUUUUAUUGUAUUUUUAUACUGUCAGCUUGAUUGCCUUCAUUAUGGACUGAUAUGAACUCAAGUCAAGAAUCAUCAUUGAACUUUUUCCUCUGUCUAUGUUGUUAUAUUCUGAGGCUGCUUCUAUCAGCUUCUGUUCUUGUGCGGUUCAUAAUUGAAUCCUUCAUCUUUUAUAAAGCAAUUUUACAUCUCACAGUC